AUGAGUGUCUACAACCCCGUGGUGUUUGCCCAGUGCACUAACGUGACCGGCGGCGUGUGCUGUUUCGACUGUGGCAGCAUGGGCGACCCGUCGUACGGCGACACGAUCUCGUACGGAGUGACGGCCGUGUCAAGGCGGGGACCACCUACCUUUUCAAACGGUGGCACCAACGUCAGUGAUGAGUCGGGAACCAGCUUUUCUAGCAGUGACAAGGCUACCACUGGGGCUGGCAACAUCGACGUUGUGGCGGUUUCCAUGAUCAUGAUGUAG